UAUCAUCAUUAUAAGACAUGAACGCAGUAAAACAUGUUUAUUUCAGUUUUUGUGCCCCACCUGGAGACCGAACCCAAUAUUUCGAGGAGAACUCAACCACAGGACAUGGAGGCGUGCGUUUCGAUUGCACCAAUUCAUUUAUUAAUAUUAUAUCCUAUCAACUUACUUUGUUGUAUAUUACAUUCUACUAACGUUGCCAAGCCACCACCGACCGAUUUAUCAAAGGUAUCGCCAACAGAAAAGUAGGACAAAACAAACCAGAACGGUUUCUAGACAAUUACAUCCGUCAUGCUGCCCGAGUGCCCCUAGGUGCAGCCAAGUGCAUCGUUUGCGCUGCAGUUCAAGUGCACCAUCUAUAACAUUGUCACACACCAUACAAAGUAGACAUUCGCUGCCGGUGACCAAAACAUGCAUAGAUUCAAAUAUUACGCUACCAUCCUGCUAUGUGUGUUACUGCAGACUCGUGGUGAUAAAUGGUAUCCGGCUACGGUCAUCAACAAACAAGAAAUGCGGGAUUUUGAGAAGGACUCAUUCACGAAAGAAGCAAGGCACAUGCCAUCCAAAUUGAAACACGAUCAUGAAGCACCGCGCAAUAUGCAGCCAAAUUCUACAAGAAAACAAAUACGAAGCCCUGAAUUGUUUGGAUCUUCAAACUUGCACGUGACCAGCGAAUAUUACAGUCCUGUUGGAAACAGCACCCGAAGACCAGUGGAAGUCAUACAUUACAACAAUACCAUAAAUGUUGUAAAUAUUAUGAGAAGAACAAAGCAUAAGAAAAAAAUUGUCAAGAGAUGUCCUGGUGUAUCCUCGCUACAGGCAAAGAAGCUUGCUGGGAACCAGGCUGCAAGAACGAAGUUUCUGGAGGUGUUUGAAGUGGUAGAGUUUGACCAUGUUACUUGCAUAUCCAGUAGUGGGUUGGAAGGGACUUGUCUUCAUGAGUAUGAAUGUCAGUCCAAUGGAGGUUCUACUAUGGGGACUUGUGCUGAUGGGUAUGGAACAUGCUGCGUCACUCUGUUCCCAUGUGACGGGCAGUCAUCAGAGCCAGUAGGAUGGUUCACAAACCCAGGGUUUCCUACACCGAGUGCAGACAGAAUAUCGUGUACAUUCACACUGAACAAGGCAUCUGAUGACAUCACACAGAUCCGUUUGGACUUUGCUACUUUUGAAUUACUGGGACCUACUGCUGGAACAUGUCAGCAAGACCAAUUCGUGGUAUCAGGUCAAAACACGAACAGCUAUGUCCCGAUUCUUUGCGGAAUCAACACCGGUCAACACGUAUUCAUCGAAGUUGGAGAUACUGACGGGCCAAUUUACCUGUCUGUUCAAACCGCGUCACCAGAAUCCAGAUUAUAUUCGAUCAAGGUGACCCAGCUGGGUUCAGCUGACGAAUUAACAGCGCCAACGGGGUGCCUCCAAUAUUACACGGAACCACAAGGAUUUUUGGAAUCGUUCAACUUCAGAGAUAGAUCAGAAAUUGGAAUACCAAGAGCUCCCAGUUAUUUGAACAAUCUAAAUUAUGCAAUGUGCAUACGUCGCGCCGCCGAAACCUGCAGCGUGACAUACACCAACGUCGAUUACAUGCAAAUUGUCAACUAUGACUUGGAUGGUCUGCCCGUGAUCCCGCACGGGCAGGCAGGGGUGGAAAUCUUCAACUGUCCGAGUGAUUGGCUGCUGAUAUCAGCGACGCGGCUUUGUGGCGAUCGCCUGAACGACGGCGCUGUUCUACAGGACUUCUCCUUAGAUGCACCAGUCACAGACAGUAAUGCCGGCCCAAUAGCAAUUUGGUUUCGAUCAGAUGAAGGAUACGUCGGACGAGGCUUCAAGCUCGAAUACCUACAGAACACGUGCAAAGGCCCGCCAUGAUGAUUAAAUAAAUAAAUAACAAUGUAAAUUACACCAAAUGUAAACUUUUAUUAAAAAUAAACAUUAUAUCUUAUUAAGUGCCCAGAGCAGCUUGCUAAAAAUAAUUUAUAUUAACUACAGAGUUAAAAUGCAGGUUAAAAUGCUUAUCAUUAUAAUAAUAAUUUGUAAUGGUUAUUGUGACAGUACAUUUCCCUAAACUGAAAAUAAGCUCAGAAUAAAUAUGUUAACUUAAUUUAACUAAAAAUAAAUUAUUAUAUCUCGGAAUUAAGUUGAACAUGUAAUUUAUUUAUUAAUACUAAAUUUAAAUGCUCAGGUAAAUUAUAACCACAACGUUAAAUUAAUUUUGUCCCAUCAACUAAAUCAGUAAACAUAAAAAAACUGAUACAAUUUAAUACAAAAACUAAGAUACUUAUAAAUAACAUAUUGACCAGUGUACACAAUAUUAAGCCAACAAUAAAAACAUA